UGUGUCUGUGUGUGUGAUAGAUAAAAAGAGAGACAUGCUGCGGGCUGAUUUGUUGUAGGCUACACUUCUAAAGAAACUUCAGCUCGUAUGACCCAAGAAGCUCGCAUCACGUUAUAGUUAGAUCCAUGCGCGGCUUUGCUCGAGCUGGCAACACGGAGGCUUUUAUCCUGAUUAAGUAACGGCAGGACAAAAGAGCGAUGGGCGGCCAUACAGCACCUUACAGCCGGCAUUUGAGCAUGGAGUCAAGGGUAAUGUAACGAUAAAAGGACCGGACACCGGCUGGCUGUUUAUUUAGAAGUGUCGUCGAGCAGAAAGGAAACAUCUCCUUCCCGGAACAGAGCUCGUGCCGGAUGACACAGACCGCAAUGCGAAUGUCAAGCGAAGAGCAGCUUAAACCAGCACAACUGCAUUUAACAUGGGCGAAAAUAAGAGGAAUCCGCCGCCACACAGACAGCUGAAUCGUGAGAAUUGCUCUCUGUUCUUGUUCUGGGGUAAAAACCCGCUGUGAGACACUGCGAUCUGGCUGUUUUCGAGUCGGUCUACUAAUCUACAGCAUUGCAUCUUCAUAUGAGACCGCGCACGCGAUAAUCUGACCGAUGAAUUAUGCACGGCGGAGCAUGAAUAAUAAACCGAGGGGUGACGCUAAGUUUCUGAGACCGGCCGGUGCACGACUGUGUCCCACAUGACCUACUUUCUACAGCUUUAAUGCAGGAGAGAUGCAGCCGUAGUGAAAGACCUUCAGCACUACAGCAAAACAAGCGCUCUGUUUGCUCACAUGAGUGACCGAAGUCGUGUGGACCUCAGGUGACAUGAUCGUCACGGUCAGAUCCUUUACCUGGAAGACUUAAAGAUUGAUCAUUGUUUUACCGUUUAAAACGAAUCUACCACGACGACAACUUUGAUUUAAAGAAAAGGGGACAGUGGAGCCAUUUGACCUUUGCACUUGAAAAAAUACUGGAUUAUUUAUUUCUGCUGAAAUUCAGUUGCUGAAUAUUGGGAUUAAUAUUAAGCCAUGGGAUUUGCCUUUGCCAUCUGAAAUCUGCACAUGAACUCCAUAAAGGAUUAUUAAAAUGACAACUGUGACUCUGUGAUGUCACUGUUUGCUACUCUAACAUUCUUCAAGCAAUAAAAAUGACUACCUACAACAUUGUUGUGCUGAAUAUAGAUGUCAUCAGUUCGAUGAAUCAAAGUCAACAAUGAUUCUAAGCUCAGGAGAUCUUUUUAUUGUUAAUCAGUGAAUUUAUUUUUCAGUCCAGUCAUGUGGUCACUGCCAUUAGUACGUCACACUGACGUUCCAGUAAGAGUGACUGAGAGCUUCAUUCUGUCUGGUUAUCGCUUCCCCAACUACAGCCUACGGCAGUGCCUAGCAUCUGCUUUUCGUCCCACCAACGAGACUGGGAACUUCUGGACGCACUUCCUCCCUAUCUUUGUGUUCGCCUUCCACUUUAUGGAAGUGUUCACGUGGGAGAAAGUGCCAGAACCUAGCAAUCCUUUUUUCUACCCCUUCUGGAACUACUUCCUGGGGGUGUUGUACCUGCUGUUAGCCAGCAGCCUGGCUCAUCUUCUUAACUCCAUGUCACUCAUCAUUAGAGAAAUUUGUUUUUUUGUGGACUACGGGACUAUUAGUGCAUAUACAGUAGGUUCCUCACUGGCGUAUUUCUACUACAUCCAUCCUCAAGCCGGCAUACCAGAGAAUGGACCUUGUGCUCACAACUCUUCUGAAAGAAAGAGCCUGAAUGCCGAUGAACAGAUUUGGCCCUCGGAAUCUUCUCCUACACAGUUCCAGCUGUUCUUUGAAAGCCUCUACAUCCCAUCCUCCUGUCUGGUUGCUAUCAUUUGCGUCCUCACCUGCUGCAAUACAAGACAGCGUUGGAGAAAAUACCGCUAUGCUGUCCGUACCCUGGUCUUCCUCCUGCCUUUUUUCGUCUCCUCCACUCCUGUUUUCUACCGCCUUCUGAGUCCCUCUUCAAACUCGACACCGUCCUCCUCCCCUCAUCUGUCCUCUACCAUGGCUGCCUUCUUCUACCGCCACUGCUUUUGGCUGGUGGUAUCUGCUGUCUUCAAUAUUAGCAAGAUCCCAGAGCGUGUUUCUCCGGGGAACUUUGAUAUCUGGGGUCACAGUCAUCAAUGGUUCCACUGCUGCACCUUCCUGUCAAUUCUGGAUGAGCUGCAUAUGAUCAAAGUGGAGAUACGAGCCCUGCUUCUCAACCCAAUGCUGUUACUACCACCUUCCACACCACCCAGGCUCCCGGGACCAACAUUCUGGUCCACUUAUGGGAUCAUGGUGCUCCUGCAGGGGUGCAUAGCAAGCAUUAUAGCUUGGUUUGGCUGGCAAGCAUAUCAGAUCUACGCCCCAGAGCAAAAAAAGCUGAAGUGCUGUUAGGAGGCACCAAGCUUUUGCUUUUUUGAACAUUGUUAUAAUAAUGUGGACUUCUGCAGUAGGAACUCAAUCAUUUUAAAGGGAUGGGUCCACCAAAAAUGAAAACAAAUGUUAUUUACUCAUCCUUGUUUUUGUUUCCAAACUCGUGGCUCUUUUGUAAAACACAAAACAUAUUUGAAUUGUUAUUAAUAGGACUAGUUUCAUCUUCUGAAAAGGUCAUUAAGGUAGAAUGAAAUUGAUCCAGUGUAAGACCAUAUGGGUGGUUAUGUUCAGUUUGUAAGACAAACAGUUCAAGUUUUUAAUAGGGAUGUCCCGAUCAGGUUUUGUUUGACCUCGAGUUCAAGUCAGAGACAUUUGAUUUUGAGGAUCUACCAACAUCGAAACCCGAUCCGAUACUUAAUACAUAAAAAGAAACAGAUCCAGGAUGUCCCUUAUUUUUUAUAAAUAUUUUUUUUUUUAAUGUAAUUCACCUUAUUUUAACAUUUAACAACUCUGUUAACAAACAGAGCACUUCUGUGGGGUAGCUUGAACAAUCAAUCAAUAAAUAACAUAAAUUCUUCGCUUUUGGACUUUAGUGCAACAGUAAAUCUAAAAAAAAUCUAAUAUAAAACAAAUAGCACCUCAAUUUAAAAUACACGACAGGCAAUCCCAAGUUUACAUAUCUCAAAGUUUGCUAUGGCAAUGUUGUCGUCAUCCACUUUAUAAUACCUCCAGGCUAUAGACAUACUCGUAUUUUCCGCUUCAAGCUGCUUCCAUGUUCUACUUUGGCAUUUAUAUUGGCAUUUAACCAAUAGCGUCUCUGCAAUAUAGCGAUGUCAUGCCCACGCAUUGCUGUUUCUGUGUGGUCAAGAAAGAGGUUUAACUCUGUGCCACCACAUAACUAUAGCUGUGUCGAAAAAUUAUGAGAAUGUUUAAAUAUACAUAUAUAUCCUGAUCGGGAGGUAACGUCCGAUUCCGAUCGAGUCUGAAACCACGAGAUCGGGCCAGAUUUUCAAUCACGUGAUCGGAUCUGGACAUCCCUAGUUUUAAAGCCAUUAUUUCAUCUAAAGUGAACUAAUCAAAAAAAAAAAAAAAACUGUGAUCAGAUCGCAACAAAAUGUUCCUAAAAUGUCUUAUUUUGCAUUCUGCAGAGGAAAGAAACUUUCAGUGUGUUAUGGUCACAGAUAAGAGAAGUUCUCAAUAGGCAUUACUUGAUGAAAAAUGUGAAUGUUUUAGCAAGUUUCAUUGUAAGGAUUGCAGAGGGAGUCUGUUAUUUUUAUGUGGGGUGGUCAAAGUCCUAGCUAGCUGUAAUCAGCAAGCCGACUCGUCCACAUUUGCUCCCCAGGGACUGUAUUGUUGAACUUAUUUUUAGUUCCAGAAUGUUCUCAACAGUCUUCUCAAGAGAAAUCUUAAAAAGAUGCAUUAAUGAGCUUUUACUAGAGCACCUUGCAUUUGAUCACUCUUCAUUAUUAGAAUUCUCUUUGUCGUAGCUGUCAUUGUCUCGCUUUUUCUCUCAUCUGCUGCUCACAUUUCCUCCCUCGUUUUAACAAACCCUUUAAACAGGAAGUGAAGUGCAUACGAACACAAAUAGAUUCAGCCAAAGCGUUUGAGGCAAAGGGAAAUGAGAGGGGUGGGGAUUCGAGCUGCUUUAUCACACUGUAAUGCUAAACAACAAAACAUUUCACAGAUUAUUAUAUUUUCAUGGGAUACUAUUAUUAAUAUCAGUUGUAGACUUUUAAUAAUGCCACAACAUGGGUAGUAAUUGUGUUCUAAUCUACUGUAACUAUGCAUUGCUUUGAUUGUAUACAGUUUUCUAUGACUUGACAUUUGGUUAAAGGUCUUGGUGGGGGAACUGAAAGCAAAACGAAGCCAUAUCGUUGUUGAAGAACAUAUCAGCAAGUACUGUUUUUACUGUAAAGGCCAGUUUUAAAGACACAGGUUAACUGUAGUCAUGGGCUACACAGAAUUGUCUGGUAAAUCUUCAUUAUUAAUACUUUAGUUCAGGGGCAGGUCUAGAAAGUGCUACUAGCUGCUGGCUGUAUUCAAAUGUUGUAUUGUUUACAGCCUUGACUUGUCACAGUUUUUUCUACUGGCUGGUUGAAUUUGGUUCAACCAAUCAGAGGCUUUCAGUAAGCGGUGCUCCUGUAAGAGAGUGUUUUAAGUGCUUUAGUAAAACUCUUGUUGACAAAACAUAAAGAUUAUUUAGUCUAAGAGUAUGGUGUAGUUGAACAACAUUUGUGAAAUCCUGUGUGAACUUGAUCCUCUGUUGAUGUGAAUGACAAAUCGAGGUGAUUAGUGAAUCAGAUGUUGUGGAUGUCUAAAAAGAUGUUAUGUCUUUGUUGUUCUGUCCUCAUGUUUCAAAGUCAGGCAGGCCGAAUAGUUGCAAUAGGUGCAAGGACAUGUUCUAGUGUUUUUUUUUGUUUUUUUUUUAAUAUGUAUUUCAUCAUUCACAGGGAAUCAUUCAUUAUUCGACAAUAAUCUUUGCGUUUUUAAAGCCUCAUACACUUUGUAUCAUGUAAUGACACACAGCAUUUGUUACAUUGCACUGUGUUGCACAAGCGUACUGUUAAAAUCUAGAAAGAGUAUAUAAUUUGCACAAUUUACAUAACGUUUCUGAGCUAAUCUGUGAUUUUGAUAGGGACCCAAUGUACAUUUUUGUCCUGUUUUAAAAUAUUGAAUCCGUUGUCCUACCUUGUCAGAUUGUCCUACCUCCCAUUCAAAAAGCAGGUAGCACAUUUUAAUGACGCAAUAUGCUACCCAUAAGAUUUUGCUAUCAGUGUAAUUUUUAAUGGGGAGUAGUGUGAUAUGAAGCUGUAAUACCUAACAAACCUAAUCCCUAACCCUAACCUCAGAACCAUUUAAAUACUGUGUUGGUAGCGUAAUCUGAUGAGUAGGAUAAAAUGUCAAAACACCGGCUGUCCAUAAUAUUGCACAAAUCUUUAGAAAAAUGUAAAGGUUUCAGCAAUUUUGAUAGCAUUGUUGGACCAACCAUAUCAUUUAUUUAUUAUCGUGCAGGUCUAAUUGCUAUCAUAUUGCUGUUCUUAUGCUGUUCUAACACCUCACACAUAUAUAUAUUAUACUUUACAAUACAAAUGUACAGUACUACUUCAGUCUCACAGAAACAUAACUAAUUUACAUUUUGAUGAUUUAGUGGCUAAAUUGUAAACAUUCUUACAAUAUUAAUACUUCUUAUCUCAUUUAAGAAAAUGUGCAGUUUUUAUGAAAUUAAUAAAAAUUAUUAAUGUAAAAUAGUUAUUCAGUUGCUGUAAGAUUGUGUUGGACUAGGCCAGGGGUGUCCAAACUCGGUCCUGGAGGGCCAGUGUCCUGCAUAGUUUAUUUCCAACUUUCUUCAACACACCUGCCUGGAUGUUUCUAGUAUACCUAGGAAGAGCUUGAUUAGCUGGUUCAAGCGUGUCUUCUUGGGGUUGGAACUAAACUGUGCAGGACACCGGCCCUCCAGGACUAUCUUUGGGCACCCGUGGACUAGACAUCAAAAAUAUUCACUCUGAAGAAAAUACCAAAAUAUAAAUCUUAAAUACUAUAUGUUUGAAACUGGUUGAGUAGAGAUUCUAGUUCUAGAAGAGUUUGUCUAGAACAGUUGUAGUUCUCAGGGGAGAAGACCGAUCUUAAUGCACUGGAAAUUAUGCUGUACAUGUAUGCCCACUGCUGUAGUGUGAGUUAAUAACCAUGGUUUACUUUCGUAGAUCAUUAUAAUAUAUCUUAUUUAUUAUAAGAUAUGGUCUUAAACAUAAAUCU